UGCCAAACACGCAAAGGCAAUUAAACGCAUUCGGGUCACGACGCACCGCCUUUAAGAAGCUACGCGCCGCGCCCAGCGAGCGUCCACUGACAGCUGCUGCCGAAAAUGUCUCGCCUCUGCCUCAUCGCCCUCGCCCUCGCCGCCAUCGCGGCCGUUGUCGCUGGUAAUCCCCCGCAAGGUGCCCAACCGGGUCGCCAACACCAUGUUAGGGAGUGGGCCCACAGGAAAGGGGCGCAGUUGAAGCAGUGGGCCCACAACGAAAAGGCCAAGCUUGGGGAGCAAUGGCACAAGACCGUCGUGCCCAAACUGCAGGCGCUGAAGCAGAAGUUUGGCGCGGAGUGGCAAAAGAAGGCUCCUCAGGUGGUCGCGGCUAUCAAGAAGAAGGCCGGCAUCUACUUCGACAAGGCCGUUCAGUACGUCAACGGCCAGAUCAGCAAGGGCCACUGAUCUCGCUGUCCAGAGCGGCCGUUGCUGAUUGCAACCACACGAUGACUGUGACCUCACAAUCAUGGAAGAAACAGUGUGAAAGCUGCAAUAAACUCAGUUAAAAACGCCA